AAAAGCUGGCGUCCACAAGAAGCUGAACAAGUCAUAAAUAAGUCAAAUCCAAUCCACAAAUCCCCAAUCGCAGAAACCCUAAAACACCCAAAGAGGAGAAAGAAAACCUCUGAUUUUCAAUGGCACCUAAGAAAAGGCCAAAUAUGGAGCAGCCCACGACCCGUGUAACUCGAAAGUCAACUCGCAGUGUCAACCCCAAGCCCAACUACGCUGACCCAGAACCACCCAAGCCAAAACGGGCCAAAAAGUCCACCCCGAAAUCCGAGCCCAAACCCGAAGUCAAGGCUGCUGUUGACUCUGCUUCAAAGGGUGUUGUGAUUGAGCACUGUACACAGUGCAACCAGUUCAAGAUCAGGGCUGUGAAGGUGAAAGAAGGGUUGGAAAAUGGAGUACCCGGUUUGGAAGUUCGGGUCAACCCGGAAAAGCCGAGAAGGGGUUGCUUUGAAAUAAGGGAGGUUGGUGAAAAUGGGGAGAAAUUUGUUAGCCUUUUGGAUAUGAAGAGGCCAUUUGGCCCAAUGAAGGCAUUGGACAUGGACAAGGUCAUUUCUGAUAUUAUUGAAAAAAUCAAAUGAUUAAAAAAAAAUUCAAAUGAUCAUUUUCUUUUUGGGGAUUUAGGGUUUGUUAUGAUCAUUUUGAGCAGGUUUUUGGGGAUUUAGGGUUGUUAUGAUCUUGUAUUAGGGGUUUUUGGAUUAAGGGUGCAGUUUUGUGUUUUGUUUACGCUAAGUGCUUGAUAUUUUUCUUUAAUCUAUUGUAGCCCCUUAGAUUUUGGAAAAACGGGAAAAAGAAUAGGCA